AUGUCGACCGAAAAGCCUCUUCCCUUCGCAUACCAGUUCGCCGCAGGCGCCAUUGCCGGUGUCUCGGAGAUUCUGGUUAUGUACCCUUUGGACGUCGUGAAGACGAGAGUGCAACUUCAAACCGGAACGGGCGGUGCCGACUCCUACAAUGGCAUGCUUGACUGCUUCCGCAAGAUCAUCAAGAAUGAGGGCGCCUCGAGGCUAUACCGUGGAAUCACCGCCCCCAUUCUCAUGGAGGCUCCCAAGCGUGCCACCAAGUUUGCCGCCAACGACGAGUGGGGAAAGGUCUACCGCAAGAUGUUCGGCGUCGACAAGAUGAACCAGUCCCUGUCUGUUUUGACCGGUGCUAGCGCCGGUGCUACCGAGUCUUUCGUCGUCGUUCCCUUCGAGCUCGUCAAGAUCCGUCUCCAGGACAAGGCUUCCGCCGGAAAGUACAACGGCAUGCUUGAUGUUGUCCGUAAAACCAUCCAGGCUGAGGGUGUUUUGGCCAUGUACAACGGUCUCGAGAGCACCAUGUGGCGUCACGUUCUCUGGAACGCCGGUUACUUCGGCUGCAUUUUCCAGGUUCGCCAGCUUCUCCCCAAGGCCGAGACCAAGACCGGCCAGGUCACGAACGAUUUGAUCUCCGGUGCUGUUGGCGGUACCGUCGGCACGAUCCUCAACACCCCUAUGGACGUCGUCAAGUCGAGAAUUCAGAACAGCCCCAAGGUUGCCGGUCAGACGCCCAAGUACAACUGGGCCUGGCCUGCCGUCGGCACCGUUGCAAAGGAAGAGGGCUUCGCUGCCUUGUACAAGGGUUUCUUGCCCAAGGUCCUGCGUCUCGGUCCCGGAGGCGGUAUCUUGCUCGUUGUUUUCACCGGUGUUAUGGACUUCUUCCGCAACAUGAAGGCGAACGCUUAA